CCAGCACGGAUGUUACAUUGAAUAUUGUACAAGAGAAGAUCAGCACUUUAACGGCAGAUCCACAGUUAGUCAAGUACAGCACCUGUCCGGCUGUCUCUGUCCUCUCAGGAUGUCCUCAGACAUUUAUUCUAAACCAGAUUUAUCAACAAAGGUGAGAUACAACAGGGCAGCAGGAUGGGAGGAGAUGGAGGUGGAUAUCUAUGAGACUGUUGAUAAUCUUACUGUUUUUCAGUCACAGGAAGAAGGACGACAGACUCAGGAGCAUCAUGCUCUGCAGAAAAGACCUGUCAGAGGUGCAACACUGUGUCGAGGAGUGUUGUGCACGGUGGUUUUAGUCGUGGUCGUCAUCUUGUUCAUAUACGCUGUUUUAGUCACCUUGGAAGUCAACCAGCUGAAGACCAAACUCAACCAACUGAACAACACCUACAAUCAGCUGCUCAACAAUGUUUCUGGAGAAUGUCCUGAUGGAUGGAGAAGAUUUGGAUCCAGUUUUUACAAAAAAUUCACUGAGAGUAAAACUUGGUCUGAGAGCAGGAAGGACUGUGAGAAAAGAGGAGCUGAUCUGGUGAUCAUAAACAGCAAAGAGGAGCAGGAUUUUGUGAGACGACUGAACACGAAUGGAUACUCAUGGAUUGGUCUGAAAGCUGAAAGGUCGACAAGGACACAGGAAUAUGAAUGGAAAUGGGUGGACGGAUCACCACUGACAACAACGUUCUGGUUUGCAGGAUGGUCUCAAGAUCAGUAUAACCGACAUGGAUAUGCUGCACUGUGUUGUACUAAUAAAGGGAAAUGGACAUAUUCAUAUUACACUCACAGUAAUCACUGGAUCUGUGAGAAGAAAAUACAAGAUUUCUUUGUUGAAUCCUGAUUAACUUCAGAUAACAUUUGGUCACUUUCAUUUAUUGUGUUUCAUGUGUCAUUUAUAAAUGUGUUUAUUCUGAACUUCAUCAUGUGUACAGGGUAGUGAAGCUGUCAUCAGAACUACAGGAGAACCUGAUAAUGCUGAAGUAAAAUAUAAUUAUUGUAAAUAAGUAUAAAUGCAGCUUUUCUUCACUUUGUUUACUUGGGUUUUUAAAUUUGACGUGUGAGGAAUGAAGAGUUGUCAGUUAAAAUAAUUCUUUAUUCUGCUUCAUUUACAUAAACAUUUGUCCUCCUGCUUCAUUUUCCCAAAAACUAAAGUUACAAUUUAGUUGUUUUUAACAUAAAAAUGUUUAAAUCAAAGAUACUUAAAUACAAGAACACGAGGAUGG